UUUUUUUUUUAUUUUUUUUUUUUUUUUUUUUUUUCCGAGUAGCCUAUCGACCAGCGGAACGAUGUGGAUCCAGAUCCGCACCAUUGACGGGAAGGAGACCCGGACCAUUGAGGAUCUUUCCAGGCUGACUAAAAUCGAGUCUCUAAGGCUGAAAAUACAGGAGAUAUUCAAUGUGAACCCGGAACAGCAGCGCUUGUUUUAUAGGGGGAAGCAGAUGGAGGAUGGCCAAACCCUCUUCGAUUACAACGUUGGCCUCAAUGACAUUAUCCAGCUUCUUAUUCGCUCACAAACUGACCCACCAGACAGCCCCGCCCCAAACAGUUUUGAGGGCGUGGUCUGUAACACAGUUCCAGUCGCCGCUAACACGCUCCCCAGCUUGACUGCAUCCACAGCUACCACAGCUUCCCCUGUAGCGGUCAUCAGUAACCACGGAAACGGUUCCAAACCAUGCAGCAUGACGUCAGACAGUCAGCCGUCGACGUCAUCUUCAGCGGCUCUCAGAGACGCAGGCGUGGGAGUGUACAAGAUUAAUGAGCUCGUGGACUGCAGGGACAUCAGCAUCGGCGCCUGGUUCGAGGGCACCAUCGAGAAAGUCACGCCCCCCACCAAAGCACACGGCAGCAAGGUGGAAACGGCGCCCCCUGCCGCCAGAGUUAGGCCUAGCAAACGGACUAACGGAAAGGCGCCGGAGGCGGAGCCAAACGGCACAGGCAGCGUAGGAUUACACUCGGACGGCGAGGAGCCCUCGACGUCCCGGACGGUUGCCGCAGCGCACGGCAAAGACGACGUCACGUACCACAUCAAAUAUGAGGACUACCCUGAGAACGGCGUGGUGGAGAUGAACGGCGAGGACGUGCGGCCACGGGCCCGGAUGCUGCUGCGCUUCGAGGAGCUGGAGGUGGGCCAGGUGGUGAUGGUCAACUACAACCUGGAGCUGCCAGAGGAACGGGGCUUCUGGUAUGAUGCCGAGAUCACGUCCCUCAAGCACAUCUCCAGAACCAACAAGGAGGUCCGGGUGAAGAUCCUCCUUGGAGGUCCAGGGGAUGUAAUUGGUGACUGUAAACUGUUGUUUCUGGAUGAGAUCUACAAUAUAGAGAAACCUGGAGCUCCACCUCUCUCUCAUGCAGAUGGCCAGUUCAAACGUAAGAGUGGUCCUGAGUGUAAGCACUGUAAGGCAGACCCAGAGGCGGAGUGUCGUUUCUGUUCGUGUUGUGUGUGUGGAGGGAAGCAGGACGCCCACAUGCAGCUUCUGUGUGACGAGUGUAACAUGGCCUUCCACCUGUACUGCCUCAACCCCCCACUGUCUACCAUCCCAGAGGACGAGGACUGGUACUGCCCCACCUGUAAAAAUGACACCAGUGAGGUAGUGAAAGCAGGUGAGAAGCUGAAGACCAGUAAGAAAAAGGCCAAGAUGCCUUCAGCCACCAACGGGAGCCAGCGAGACUGGGGCAAGGGAAUGGCUUGUGUGGGUCGUACUAAAGAAUGCACCAUCGUUCCCUCCAAUCACUAUGGACCCAUUCCUGGCAUUCCCGUCGGAACCACCUGGAAGUUUCGGGUGCAGGUGAGCGAGGCAGGCGUGCACCGGCCUCACGUCGGUGGCAUCCACGGACGCAGUAACGAUGGCUCGUAUUCGCUGGUUCUGGCCGGCGGCUUCGAGGACGAAGUGGACAGGGGAGAUGAGUUCACCUACACAGGCAGUGGAGGUCGUGACCUCUCUGGAAACAAGCGUAUCGGAGAACACUCCUUCGAUCAGACUCUCACGCACAUGAACAGGGCACUGGCACUUAACUGCGAUGCCCCUCUGAACGACAAGGAUGGGGCGGAGUCUCGUAAUUGGCGGGCAGGAAAGCCAGUGAGAGUGAUUCGGAGCUCGAAGGGCCGGCGAAUCAGCAAGUACGCCCCCGAAGAAGGCAAUCGCUACGAUGGGAUAUAUAAGGUGGUGAAGUAUUGGCCUGAGAUCGGGAAGUGCGGCUUCCUGGUGUGGCGUUACCUGCUGAGGCGUGACGACGUCGAGCCGGCCCCUUGGACUGCUGAAGGGCUCGAGCGCAGUAAGAAGCUUGGCCUCAGAGUGCAGUACCCCCCGGGCUAUCUGGAGGCUAUGGCCAAUAAGAAUAAAAAGGAAGCCAGUGUGAGGGGCGUGAGGGCGGGCUCGUCGCGGGGGAAGAGGCACGGAGGACGAGGCCGACCCAAAUCCGCCCGCCCGGUGAAGCGGGUGAAGGAGGAAGAGGAGGAUGAGGUAAAGGAGAAGCCGAACACGAACAAGGACGGACAAGUACAGAGUAACGGCGCAACCCUGAAAGAUACAGUGUGUGAGGAGCCAGCGGAGCCCAGGGUGAAGAGGCUGAGAGAUGCAGAGGCGUUUGUGUUGUCUGAACAGCAGCGCUCCCUCAUACAGGAGGACCAAGCCAACAGGAAACUAUGGGAUGAAGCAAUGAGCUUCAUCAUGGAAGGACCGAACUUCCUGCGUAAAGUGGAGCAGAUCUUCAUGUGUGUGUGCUGCCAGGAACUUGCUUUCCAGCCCAUCACAACACCCUGUCAGCACAACGUCUGCAAGACCUGUCUGCAGAGGUCGUUUCGGGCAGAGGUGUAUACCUGCCCUGCCUGUCGCCAUGACCUGGGAAAAGACUACAUCAUGCUCCUGAACCAGAGUCUGCAGCUGCUCCUGGACCAGUUCUUUCCUGGAUACAGCAAAGGCCGAUGAGACAGCGCAGAGGAAAUGGACAAAAUCUCCACUCAGAUUAAAGGCACUUGUGGUCAACAGGCAUUCUUAUGCACACACACACACACACACACACACACACACACACACACACACACACACACACACACACACACACACACA